AGCGGCUCUCUCGGCACAGUGGCGCAGAAUCUCGGAGCAGAACGACGGCGGCUUCCGUGGAGUGCGUACGCUGCGAUCGUAAACUACAUACCGUGCGAAGCCGAGAGAGAUUACUCACACGGGCACUUUCUCCCCCUCCUUUCUCUCUCUCUCUCUCUGUCUUCUGUCUUCUCUUUCUCUCUUUUCUCCUUCUCUGUAUCUAUCUCUCUCUCCGUUUCGUCCGUCGGUCGCUCCGCGAACGCAGACGGUAAACGCUCCCUUUCUUGACGUAUCCCCGCCGCGCGGCAUCCGGGCUACCUCUUCAGUCCCGCGGCAAAGGACGUCGCGAAAGCUCGGCGAGAGUUUCAGAGCGCCUGAGAGGAGGACGGCGUAAAGAUGGCAGAGGACAAGAACGAGACCAGCCCGAGCGCCGAGGGCGAGAAGCCGCCACAGGAAACGACAGCGGCGACGCCGCCGCCGGCUAAGCCGGACAAGGAAGAGCCGACGAAGGAGUGUAAGGAGGACGAGAAGAAGGUCGAGGAGAAUGGCGACGGCGAGAAGCCAAAGGAGAACGGCGAGGAGAAGCCCACGCCGGAGCCGAAGGACAUGCGAGCGAUCGUGCUCAACGGUUUCGGCGGUCUGAAAAGUGUCAAGGCCCUGAGGAAGCCGGAACCCACCCUUGGUGAGGGAGAGGUCCUCAUACGCGUCAAAGCCUGUGGCUUGAACUUCCAAGAUCUGAUGGCCAGGCAAGGGGCGAUUGAUUCGCCCCCCAAAACUCCCUUCAUCAUGGGUUCUGAGUGCGCGGGUGACAUCGAGCAAGUCGGCGAGGGAGUCGAGAACUUCAAAGUGGGAGACAGGGUGGUCGCCCUUCCCGAUCAUAAAGCGUGGGCGGAGCUCGUGGCUGUACCGGCGACGUCCGUGUUCGCGUUACCACCUGGGAUGAGCUACCUCGACGCGGCCGCCAUCAUCAUGAACUACACCGUGGCUUACAUUCUGCUCUUCGAGCUGGCCAAUCUCACGCCUGGCAAGAGCCUGCUGCUUCACAGCUCCGGCGGUGGUGUGGGUCAAGCGGUGGUCCAGCUCGCGAAAACCGUGAAGGACGUGACUAUCUUCGGCGUCUGCAGCAAAUCCAAGCACGAGGCUCUCAAAGCCGCCGGAACCAUCGACUAUCUUUUGGAGCGCGGCACGGACUACAGCAACGAAGUCCGAAAAAUUUCGUCCGAGGGCGUGGACAUCGUUUUAGAUUGCCUGUGUGGCGAGGAAUGUAACAAGGGCUACGCCCUCUUGAAACCAAUGGGCAAAUACAUCCUUUAUGGAUCCAGCAACGUCGUCACCGGGGAAACCAAGAGCUUCUUCUCCGCAGCGCGAUCAUGGUGGCAAGUCGACAAAGUGUCACCUAUAAAGCUGUUUGACGAGAACAAGACACUGUCCGGAUUGAAUCUGCGCCACUUGAUGUACCGGCACGGCAGUCACGCGUUUGUACGACGGGCAGUGAACCAAGUGUACACAUUGUGGAGCGAGGGCAAGAUUAAGCCGGUGGUGGACUCGACGUGGGCGCUGGAGGAUGUGCCCGAGGCAAUGCAAAAAAUGCACGAUCGCAAGAACAUCGGUAAGAUCGUUCUGGAUCCGAGUCUGGAGCCAAAGCCCAAACCAGCUACACCGGCUAAAGGCAAGGCGAAGGACAAGAAGGCCGCGAAUCAGGAGGAGAAGAAGGCGUCCAGCGUAGAAUCGGAGGAGGGAGAGAAGAAAAAGGAACCGGAAUUGACAAAUGGCACCUCCGAAGACAAAUCUGAUAGCGAUUCGAAAGAAAAGGAAUCUAGCUGAAUUAGCAGUAGUAACUAAUCCUAUAAGACAGAAAAACUGAUGCCCACAAACAUCAAGAAUUCCCAGGAAAGUACUAUUACUGAGAGACGAUCCAUCGUUGCCCGAGAACAAACAGAAAAAGAAAAAUAGAAUUUGACCCGAGUAAUCAUCAGUGGUAUCGCGCAAAAUUUACAUGCAGAUGAUACAUAAGCAGAGAGAAUCAUGGUUCAUAUCGUGCGAUUUAACAAUUCUAAUGUGGCGGGGUAGUCCUCGAGCGAUUGGCCUGCCAGAGACGCGGACGAAACAUUUCAAUGUAGCGAAGUAAUCGAUCGCUUGCGCUGUAAGGUACACCCUUUUUUUUUUUUUCUUUCACGACCCUUUCACGGGCGCUCUCUUCACCGUUUGUCAUCUGCAUGUGUCUAUUCUCCUCACAUUUGCGCCGAGAUAGAAGGGUUCACGCGAACCACGCGAGCGGAGAAACGACAGCGUAUCGUGUAAGAACGAGAGAAGCAACCAAAUAGAAGUAACAAUCUUGACGCGGUCCACAGUAGUUUACAGAAUAUAAGAACGUUAUGUUUAUUUUUUCACACCGACCAAAUGGUUAAUUUUGCGAAGAGUUAAGUGAACAGCUGUUGGAUAUGAGAUAAUCGUUAGGCAGCUUGGUGUUCGCCUUUCCUUUUAUCACUACUGCUAUUAUUAUAUCGUCUUGGAAAAUGGAUGCAACAGCCUUUCCGUACUUAUCGAACUUGUCGAGCUUAUCGGACAACUAACGGGGAAUAUGAGCUGUUUAAUAAUUGUGGCGUUGCCCAACAGCUAUCCAACUUGGCUCUGUCUAUUUGUAUCAAAUAUUAUCGCUGCUACUACGAUAUAUACUAACAUUCUCUUACACUAAUAUAAUAUUACCUCUAUUUGUAAUUUAUAAUGGGAUAAAAAUAACGUAAUUCCGCUGAAGUCGAGUUUCCGUGGAAAAACUAUAAACGCGGAGCUGCAUAUUACUUUCGUAUGUAAAUUUUAUGUACCAGAGAUGUUUUUACACCACUUUAUUGUUCGUCCUGACACUUUUGUCGGACGGAAUAUCCAUUUAAAUUUUAACGAUAACCAUGAAAGUCGAGAAUAACAUUUAGUAUUACGCGGCAUUUCGCUGGGAUUUGAACGCUUUUUUUAUACUUUCAUACCUUGUAGUGUUUUUAUGUAAAAUUAAUUGUAGACUUCGGGGAUUUUCUACGCAAUUUUGAAGGAGUAUCUAAAUGUAUAACUGCCUAAGAACCGACUGCAAUCGGUAAUUUUCCAAAUCAACAUUCUGUCUCCUUCUCCAAAUCAUGCACAUUGAUCUUUAGCAACGAUAUUUCAACGAGAUGCUUUCAAAAUGUUUCUAGCUAACGUUUUCGGCAUGUAAUCCGACGUGUAAUGAUGAAUUUAUUUAAGAACAAACGCAUCCGUGGAUGUUUAUGCCGCGCUAAAAAUUUCGGAUAACGAUCGGAUUCGAUAUCUAAUUAAGAAUUAACUGAUACAUAGCACAAGAUAAUUAAGUGAAGAUCUAAUUAGACUGAUUAAUUACGGCUUGAAACUGUAACGAGCCUAGUAGAGAGACGUUACUCGGCAGAAAAGUGCUUCGAGAAUUACUAUCUUAGCGAAUGUUGGCGUAUUUCAUUUCUACGUGAAAUUUUCGAAUUAGUUUUAACGGAAAGAUCGAACGCGCUCUCGAUAUACAAUGAUACAAAUGUCCCACAACGUUUCUAUUCAGAUGUACGAAUCGAUGAUGUACUUGAAAGACUCCGAGUAACUUUAUUGUUUAAAUGAAAUUUUAUAAACAUAUUUAAUGACGUUGCAUCAACAUAUGUACAUGAAGAGUAAUUUAACGAAUUAGCGUCGUAGAAGCUUAAAGUAUAUCGCUUUUUUCAUAAGAGAAGGAACGACAGUUUAAAGGUAAAAUACGCAAGGCCUCAUUUUUUAAUGUAACACAAUCUCGCGUGAAUACAGUUGUGUCGCCUAGAGCCGAACGCGUAACUGCGCUCCGACAAGUUACGUUGAAUCCGCAUUGCGGUUUUUCCUCAAACUUUCGAACCUUCGCGUAAUAUUUUCGACGAUGGUCGUGACGCACUGUCCCGGCCGUCCCGUGCGAAUAAUAGCGAGAAAGACGCGUUAUCACACUAACGGUGAUCUGUUGAGCGAAGAAGGUUUCAUAGUGAUAUAAACAAAGGAUUAAGGCGAUCCCCUUCGCGAGAGGAUCUUGAGAUAAGAGUAAAGGAAAAAAGAAGAAAGGAUGAAAAGAUCUCGAGGAUGUGUCCUCGACGGAAUGCGGCUCGGCGGAGGAGCUGGCCGAUGCAGAACAAAGUGCAUAUCUCUCCGGAAUGUUGGAACAAUUUUGGUGUAGCCGAUUUCGUUAGGAUUUGAUACUAGCUCUGUAUACCGAUAUCUAUAUUAUACAAAUCACUAUGCAAAGAAGAGGAAGAGACACGGACGAGGGGGAAGAUAUGUGUCAACGAUAUAUCUCAGCGCGAAUAUCUUACAUCAGAGAGAGAGAAAAAAAAAGAAAGAGAAGUCGCGCAAGAGCGCCAAGAGGAAUUACUGCCGUAUCGAAUCUCUCGGUCCAAAAGUACAUAACUGCUAUCUUACUCAUCAAGAAAACGUAUCGAUCUGAGGCAAGAAAAAAAAAGACAAAAAAAGUAUACAUGAUAAAAAAAAAUACUGCGAAAAACAUGAUAAAUGUGGCUGCAUAUUUUGAGACAUCUUUUAAACACACUAAGAUACACUUAAUCCCGAAGUAUACACACGAGGUAACCGAUGACAUGAAUACACACGAGACAUACGCCCACACACGAGUAACGACGACACACAUCAUACUGUAUAUUUUAUUGUACGGCUUUAAAUGUUUCAUCAAAUAACUCUAUUAUAUUAUAAUAUAUCUAUAUAUUUGUA